UGGCUAGCCGGGAGUGGCCGACAGGGGGCGCUGUGGAGCCCGGCCGCUCCGAGAAGUGGCUCCUCUCGCCGAGACAGUUUGCUGUCAGCGCCGCGGCCGGGAGCCGCUUCCGCAUCGGUGGAGCUGCCCCAUAGGGCCCCGCCUGGCAUGGACCAUGGAGCUGCUCCUGGGUGACGCGGUCGCGGCGCUCGCCGCCUUGGCGGCCGCAGCCCUGAGCCUGCGAGAAUCAAGUUUAAAGUGAAUGUCUCCCUGGGAACUUCCUCUACCUUCUGAAACAAGAAGUUGUCCCCAAUACAGUCCAAGAAUUUACAGGACACUUUGUGUUAUGACACUUUACUUUUCCAACAGAUGUUCAGAUUACUAUUGUUGCCCAUAUAACUGCCACCAAAAUGCCAAAUCUUCAUCGACAUGAAGAAGAGAAGUUCUUUAUAAAUGCUGAAGGGAAGAAGGAAUCUAUACCAAGCAUACAUGACCAUCCUACAAAGGAGCUCUCUGUUGUCGUGCCUUCAUACAAUGAGGAAGACAGGUUGCCUCUUAUGAUGGAUGAAGCUUUAGACUAUCUUGAAAAAAGACAGAAACGAGAUCCUACGUUCACUUAUGAAGUAAUAGUUGUUGAUGAUGGCAGUAAAGAUCAGACCACAAAGGUUGCAAUGAAGUACUGCAAGAAAUAUGGAAGUGACAAAGUACGAGUCCUAACAUUGGUAAAAAAUCGGGGGAAAGGUGGAGCUGUCAAAAUGGGUGUCUUUAGCUCUCGAGGGGAAAAAAUCCUUAUGGCUGAUGCAGAUGGAGCCACGAAGUUUGCAGAUAUUGAAAAAGUUGAAGAGGGUCUUAGAAAUCUCCAGCCAUGGCCAGACCAGAUGGCUAUUGCCUGUGGUUCUCGAGCCCAUUUGGAGCAGGACUCAAUAACACAGCGCUCUUACUUCCGAACUCUUCUCAUGUAUGGGUUCCACUUCCUAGUAUGGUUCCUCUGUGUCAAGGAAAUUAGGGACACACAAUGUGGGUUUAAACUGUUAACCAGAGAAGCGGCCUCCCGGACUUUCUCAGCUCUUCAUAUAGAACGCUGGGCAUUUGAUGUGGAACUUCUUUACAUAGCUCAGCUCUUGAAAAUACCAGUAGCAGAGGUUGCUGUCAACUGGACUGAAAUUGAUGGUUCAAAACUGGUCCCCUUUUGGAGCUGGCUGCAGAUGGGCAGGGAUCUUCUUUUUAUACGACUGAGAUAUUUGACUGGUGCCUGGCGUCUCGAAACAAGCAAAUCUAAUUAGGUUAUUUACAUUCUCCAAAUGCAUUAUUACACAUAAUGGAGCAUGAGAACUAUUUCAAGUGAACUAAAAUGUUGAAGAAAUCUGAGGUUACUCUUCAUUGCUGCUGUUAUGUACUGCAUUUUUGCAAUGUACGUAUAUUUUAUAAAAUUGCCGAUAGUCAAAUGUUUCUAUAAUCUGAAAGAAAAAGCAUCUUUAAACAACAUACGUUUUGAUCCCAGCAUCUGUUUUUUCUUUUGUUCUGUAGCAGCUUUAAAGGUUCUUGCAUAAAUUCACUCAGAUUAAAUAAACAAAUCUGCUUUUGUCUCACUGUGCACUUGGAAUUCCUGUUAAUGCACAUUAAAAGGAGCCCAUAUCCCAUGAAGUGCAAUAUUGUGGAUGACCAAAGCCCUUUUUGAUUCUGUGUAUUUGAACACACAUAUAUGUUGUGAUUUGGAAUUGGUAAUAGUGGUAUUAAAUUACUUCUAUGGAUUUAGGCUAUUAUUUUAAAUCUUUAAAUGGUAUGGCUGAUAUUAAUGGAUUUUACUGCGUUAUACAACGAAUGCGCUAUUUUCCUGAGAACUUGUUCAGUAAUCUCAUAAAAUUCCAAUUGUAAUCUGUCUUGACCUGCAAUUUAGAACACUUAAGUCUGAGAUCUUACUUCAUAUUCACUCCCCAUGGACCAUAACAUUUCCAAAAGAAAGCACAUUUAAUUUUAAAAUGCUUUCUUUUACAAUUAGAUACAAUCUGGCCAUUCAGGUGAAUAUUAUAUGUACUAGACUGGGAGCCUCAAGAACUGUUGUACAGAGGCCAGAGAGAAAGUAGUUUAAUACUAACAGACUGACACCUUGGAGUUGCUGGGGGUCGUGUGCGUUAAGGAUGUUUGGUUUUUAGCUGUGAAGGUCAUGAGCUUUCAGCUUUAAGGGCUGGGCUUUUUACUGAUAAAGUAUCUCAACCUAUCAUGGAGCAUAACUUUAAAAUGGCAAAUGUCAAAAAGACUCAUUUGUGAUUGCCAAACAAGUAAACCAGUUUCUUGAACCUACCAUAAAGGGUAAUAUGUUUCACACUUUGUUAAGAAGUUGUUCCCAUGAGCUUGUUUAAAGCAAAGAAAAUGGAGUGUACAACCAGUUGUACUUUCAGAUAUGUUAAGUUGGAAUCUGUCUUUUCUCCUUUUACACGUUGUUAUACACUUCUAGGGUUUGGUUACCUCAGUUUUCUGGAGGAUGAAGUAGUACUGAAAUAAAAUCUCAAUGAACAUGUUCA